GCUUCAUUUCCGGAGCAGCCCACAAGCACUUGAGAAAAGAACACUGCUUCUUUACAGCGUUAGAGACAUGAAGGAUCAAUGGCACACACUUCAUUGUGUUAAAGAGCGAUGCAGCUCUGCUGAUGAAUCGUAAAGCUUUAAUAUUUCAAGAUGCAGUGUGUUUCCUGGCUCUCGGCCGUGUUCGUCCUGUGUGUGUGGGGAUCAGCGGCGGACAGGCGGUGCGUGGACAUCACGUACUGCAAAGAACUCGGAUCUUGGGACAAAAUAACAGAGUGCGUCUGGCAGUGCAGGCUGAAGCAGCUGGUCAGCAGCACUGAAAAUCUGCUCGCAAAUCUACAGCAGAGCGAUGAGGAAGAUGAGGAGGAUGAAGACAGUAUGAGCCUCGGCGUACUGCUCUCAGCUCUGUCUCCCUAUGACGCCUCUCACCAACAGCUGCCCAGUGUGAGACCUCAGCGCAGCGAAGAGAGACCUUCAUACUCCAUGGAGCAUUUCCGCUGGGGGAAACCCGCCAGCCGCAAGCGGCGACCGCUCAAAGCGCACGUCUCGGAGGAAGACAAAGGGGUGGAGGAGCCGUCCAUGGAGACGCCUUUAUCUUCACUCGACAGACGUCAGCUGGAGGGCAGCGAUGGUCGUGAGCUAAAAAACACGAACAACAAGAGCACCACCACCAAGUACCGUAUCACACACUUCCGCUGGAGCGCUCCUCCCACCGCCAAGCGCUACGGCGGCUUCAUGAAGCCGUGGGCCGAGAGAUCCCACAAGCCCCUGCUCACGCUGCUCCGCAACAUCAUGGUGAAAAACGGACAAUGAGCGACUGCGGAAAGAAGUGUCGCUGUUGAGGAGGUGUAACGUGUCAGAACACUCCUUCUGUUCAUCAACAGAACUUCAUGAAAACAUCAACGAUAUGAGACUCGGUCUUCUGCUCUGUGUCUGAUACAGCUUCGAAAACACAAUCAUUAAAAAACAUGUUGAAAAUGA